UUGCCACGUCAUCACAGUACGUUUCUCUCCUCUCUUUCCUUACUAAAUGCCCACCUUUUCUCUCCCUCUCCCUCUCCCUCUCCCUCUCCGGCGCCACUCCGUGGCAUGUCGCCGUAAAUUCACCCCAACUCCGGCGGCAUUUCCACAACGACCUCCUCCCCCUCCGGUGUGUCCUAAGCUAUCGCCGGAGUGGCUCUCUCGUAAAUAAGUACGAUCGCCGGUGGUAAUGAUCUAAAUUUGGAAACGUAGAUGGGAAACGCGAGCGGGAAGGACGGAGAGAACGGGCCGGGUGGGCCGUCGGCGAGAUCGGACGGCAUGGGAAGCUCGCCGCCAGAGAGUCCGGGACGAUCCCGUUCCCCGUUCGUGUUCACUCCUCAGAUUCCAGUUGCUCCGCUGCAGAGAGGUGCUGAGAUCCCUCCAGUUUUCAAUUAUUCAAGGAUGAACUCCUUUCAUGGGCAUUUGGAUGCUCCCCUUGAAAAGGGAAUUCCCACACUGAUUACAUGGAUCUAUGGAGGAAAUGAUGUUGCUGUGGAAGGGUCAUGGGAUAACUGGAGUUCAAGGAAGGUGUUACAGAGGUCAGGCAAAGAUCACUGCAUCCUGUUGGUCCUCCCAUCUGGGGUCUAUCAGUACAAAUUCAUCGUUGAUGGUGAAUGGAGGCACAUUCCUGAUCUUCCUUGUAUGACUGAUGACAUGGGGCAAACGGUUAAUCUUCUUGAUGUCCAUGACUAUGUUCCAGAAAAUCUGGAAAGUGUUUCUGAAUUUGAGGCACCACCAUCGCCAAACUCCAGCUAUGGUUUGUCAUUUCCUGUGGAUGAGGACUUUGCAAAAGAGCCACCAGCCCUUCCCCCCCAGAUGCAUGUUACAGUCCUUGGCCCCCAGAGCAAUGAGGAUUCUUCAAAAAAGCCCCAGCAUGUUCUUCUCAACCACCUCUUCAUUGAGAAAGGAUGGGCUUCGCAGUCACUGGUUGCCCUUGGCCUGACCCACAGGUUUCAAUCCAAGUAUGUGACUGUCGUCCUCUACAAACCUAUGAGAAGGCAAUAGAAACAUCAGCUACAAAAGUCUGAGAAGGUCACAGAAACAGCUGCCGGCCCCCCCUCUGUAAAUAAGGGUGCUGCAGCUGCUGUAGGUUUAAGGUGCAUCUGCACUAGUGCUGUGAACUCUUUCCUUUUAUAAUAAGUUCAUCUCAGGAUUAUGUUCCAUCUUUUGAGCAUUUUAUCACUGGACAUCAACCCUGAAGAGUUCCUGUUUGUUAUAACCUUUCUAACAUGACAAGUUCAUGUUGGAUUGUAUAUGGCUGCAUGGAACUGCUUGUUUCUCAUUGUGUCAGCCUAACAAGGGCAAGGUUCUCAAAAGUCAUGCUGGGCACCAAAUGUUUAUAUGGAAGUUGGCCUUGUUACACCUCAGUGGCUUUGUAAUGAUUAAUGGCAGAAUGAGCAAGAGGCAUGACAGUAGUCCUUGUUAACUGCUAAUUGCUAUCGCAUUUUAUAAGCUCAGAUGGGAAGAACAUGGUUUUAGUAACAUUAUUAUAGCCACAUUAAGCCGUUGCUAUUAUUAAAUAGUUUUCCAUUCCUUUGUGUA